AGGGAAAGGGUGCAGAACCCCCCCAUCCUCUGCAGGGGCUCGGGACAGGCAGGGAGCUGGGGCAGGACACACAGCCGGCCCUGGGGCUGGUUCAUUCUCCUGGGAUACCCAUGGCAGAAGCUGUUUAAAUGCUUUCCGAGGAACCCCAGACCCAAAGGCACAGCUACAGCUCAGGCUGCUGCAGGAGCUCGGUGUUUAUUGGGGAACCCCCCUGACAGCACACCCGGACACCUGGGAAGGACAACCUGACCCUGAAACUCCAGACCCCAAGGCACAGCUACAGCUCAGGAGCUCUGUGUUCCUUGGGGAGCCCCCCUGACAGCACACCAGGACACCUGGGAGGGACAUCAGGACCGUGUGUGUCUCAUCCUUAGAACCCAUCCCCAACUCCAGGAGCGUUUAAAGGAUCAUCCCCACCCCCAGAACACCCCACCAUGAACGGGUACCUGAACGAAUCCAAUUUCCUGAUGGUGGAGGAGGGCUUCACCACCAGAGACCUCCUGGAGAACCUGCUGGGGGAGCUGUGCCAGGAGGGCCAGCAGCAGCACCAGGCCCUCUUCGUGGCAGACCUGGGGGACAUCGUGAAGAAGCACCUGUGUUUCCUGAAGGCCCUGCCCAGGGUGAAGCCCCAUUUCCCAGUGAAAUGCAACGGCAGUGAGGGGGUGCUCAGGCUGCUGGCAGAGCUGGGGGCAGGAUUUGCCUGUGCCAACAAGGCAGAGAUCAGCCGCGUCCAAGGCAUUGGGGUGCCGCCAGACAGGAUCUUCUACAGCAGCCCCUGCAAGCAGGUGGCCCACCUCAGGUAUGCAGCCAGCCACGGGGUCAGGCUGAUGGCCUUUGACAACGAGGUGGAGCUGGGCAAGGUGGCCAGGAGCCACCCCCGUGCCAGGAUGCUGCUGGGGAUCACUGCCGACUCCAUCCCUGCUGCCCACCCCAGCCUGAGCUUUGGGAGCACGCUGGAAUCCUGUGGGCACCUGCUGCAGGCAGCCAAGGACCAGGCUGUGGAGGUUGUUGGCAUCAGCUUCCACCUGGGGAGCCGUGGGCUGGAGGCCCAGGCCUGGGCGCAGGCUGUGGCCACAGCACAGCUGGUGUUUGACAUGGGGACAGAGCUGGGACACCACAUGCACCUCCUGGACAUCGGGGGAGGCUUCCCUGCCACUGAGGACACCAGAGCCCCGCUGGAAGAGAUCGCUGCUGGGAUAAACUCUGCCUUGGAUUUGUACUUCCCUGAGGGCAGCGGGGUGGAAAUUAUUGCCAGGCCUGGGCGUUACUAUGUCACCUCUGCCUUCACCUUGGCUGUCAGCAUCACUGCCCUGGAGGAGAUCCCCGUGGAGCAGCCUGGCUCUGAUGAGGAAGAGUGUGGCAGCAAGAAGAGCCUGGUCUAUCACCUCAGUGACGGCAUCUACGGUGCCUUCAGCUGCCUCCUGUUCGACAGCCCCUGCCCCAGGCCCCGGCUGCACAGGAGGCCGUGCCCAGAGCAGCCCUGGCACAGCUGCAGCCUGCGGGGCCCGCGGGGGCACAGUGAGGGUGCCAGCAUCGCCGAGGGGCUGCGGCUGCCCCAGCUGCACGUGGGGGACUGGCUGAUCUUCGGGGACAUGGGAGCCUACAGCAUGCCAACGUCACCCCUGGGCACAGCUGGCGGCGCCCAGGCUCGGGUCACCUACGCCAUGUCCCGCAUGGCCUGGAAAGCCAUCCAGCUGUUGCAGGGAAAGCCACCCCAGACAGAAGAAGAGCGUGAGAGCCUCUGCACGCCCCUGUCCUGUGGCUGGGAGAUGGCAGAGACCCUUUGUGUGCCCCCUGUCUUCGCUCCAGCUGGCAUCAUCUGAGCAGCUCCGGGCAAGGAGCCACGCUGGGAAAGGGCCUGUGGUGGUGCUGGCAGGAGAAAUGUCCCAAAAUGGUGUUGGGGUGGGGAAAAUCCCAUAAUGGUAUUGGGGAAAAAUCCCAUUGCAGCACCAGGAGAAAUGUCUAAUCAUGGUGUUGGGGUGGGAAAUAUACCAUAAUGGUAUUGGGGAAAAAUCCCAUUGCAGCACCAGGGGAAAUGUCCCAUCAGGGUGUUGGGGUGGGGAAAAUCCCAUCAUGGUAUUGGGGAAAAAUCCCAUUGCAGCACCAGGGGAAAUGUCCCAUAAUCAUAAUGGUAUUGGGGUGGGGAAAGAUGCCAUUGCAGCACCAGGGGAAAUGUCCUAUAAUAACAUCAGGAUGGGAAAAAUCCCAUAAUGGUAUUGGGGUGGGAAAUGUCCCAUAAUGGUGUUGAGGUGGGAAA